AUGGCAGGGAACCCGCAGACGAGCGCCUGUGGAAAUGCAUCGACCUUGGGAGGCGCGCAGCCUCCCUUUGCCCCACGAGGCCGAGCUCCGCUGGCGCCCGCGAAAGCCUUGGCCAUGGACGAGACCAGAGCGGCGGGAAGAGAGCAGAGAGGAGUGCCGACCAUGGACAUCUUCGUCCAGUAUGAGAGAUCCUGGAGUAUACAGGACGCCUUAGAUCAGCACGCGGCGCUGGCAGAGCAGAGGGAGGUCUUGACAGAGAUCGGCCGCAACCGGCUUCGGGUGCGCCAGACGCAGCUCUCCUUCGGCGAGCUCGAGGUGGAGGAAUCGCUAGAAGCAGCGCGGUGUCUUAGCACGCUGGAUGCCGGUGACACGCAGAAGGUCAUGCAGCUUGCAGGGCGCGUUCGCGCAGCCGUGCGUGAUCUGCGCAUCGCAGCAAGAUCAAAGCAGCAAGAGCAGGUGAUUGUCAACAAGCACCUGACACAAGCGGACGUUGAGAUCGAGAAGAGUCGUCAAGAAAUGACUUCCAUGAAGGAGGUCAUCGAUGACAAGUCUUUGACGGUAGCACUGGAUGACUCGCAGCCUGCCGUGCCAAAGCCCCUCGAUACUGACGGUCAGCCACUCCAGCAGAGGUAUCGGUACUGCACGAACUGCAAGGUCGGGGGUCAUGGCCAGAGGUUCUGCGAGUAUUUUUUGGAGAGGCCCGACUGGCGGGUCUAUCCCAACCAGAAAUGGUUCGAGGAUGAGAAGGGCAAUGAAUAUCAUUGCCCGCUGGGGAAGAAGCUGGUGGAUUUUGCCGACGAGUCUCACUUCAGCCGCAUCGCAAUGUACCUCAAAGGCAGGGCCUGGCUGGAGGAGAAGACCAAGGUGCUGGAGCUGGCACCCGGGAAGAUGCCGGAGACGUACAUUCUCGAGAAUGGUGCGUGGAGAGGCUCCCCGCCGCCGGAUUUGGAGGCCUGCGAUGUCCCUUGGUUCGUGAAGGAAGCGGACAGAAACUGGGGCACGUCAGUACACGUCGUUGCAAAGCCUUCCGACUGUUUUGGCUUGGUCAAGCCCGAAGGUGUCUACGUCGUUCAACCUCACAUCAAGGAUCCGCUCUUGACGGAUGAUGGCCGGAAGUGCCACAUCAAGUUCUAUGUGUUCCUCCUGGGCUUCGAAGAUGGAGUCCGGUGGCAUCUCUACACAUUCCAGGAUGGUUACCUCUCCAUCUCUCCGAACAAGUGGUCGCCCACUGACCUGUCAAAAGACACUCAGGUGACCAUCAUCCGCACCGAGCGGAUCGGCGGCUGGAAGGCGUGGGCUGACGCAUACCCGAAGUGCAAGGCUGUGGUAGCGGAGGUGAUUGAGCGUGCUGUCACCCAGGGCAAGCUCGAAGGCCGGCUCAACAAGCUCCAGUUCGAGAUCUUCUCAGCGGACUUCAUCGUUGACACCCGUGGAGAUGUGUGGCUCUUCGAGUUCAACAUGAGCCCUGUGCUGAAAGAUCCAAAGGAUGCACCAAAGGUCAAUGAUGCCGACAUGGUGCGCGGGGCACUGUCAAUUGUCGCACCUUGGAGUGGAGGCAGCCCUGGGCUUUGGGACUUUGCCGGGGAGUUCAAGGGCCUCAAGCCGCAGCCCAAGGCGCCCCCGGCAGCAAAGGCCACCCCGCCUCCCGCGCCCGCCUCGCCCUCCGAGCCUGUGCCAGCUUCGUGA